AUGACGACACUUUUGAGCCGGAAGAAAUGUGGUAUACUCGGGGCUACAGGGUCAGUGGGGCAGCAGUUUAUCCUUCUGCUCGCGAACCACCCUUUUUUGCACCUCCAUGCAAUAGGUGCCUCUGAACGCUCUGCAGGGAAGAGAUACAAGGACUGUGUACAAUGGAAGCAGAGUUCACCCAUACCGGGUGAACACGAGGGCCUUGUUCUUCGGGCAUGCAAAGCAGAGAAUUUCAAAGAUUGUGACCUCGUCUUUUCUGGUCUGAAUAGCGAGAUCGCGUAUGAACUUGAGAUGGAUUUCGUCAAAGCUGAGAUACCGGUGUUUUCCAACGCAAAGAGUUACCGAAUGAAUCCUCUUGUUCCCUUGGUGGUUCCUCUCGUGAACCCUGCGCACUUGGGCCUGAUAAAUUUUCAACGGGAGAAACUUGGGUUGAAAAAAGGGUUUCUUGUCUGUAACUCAAAUUGCGCUGUUGUUGGUGUUGUGGUUCCGCUAGCAGCACUACAAGCCAAAUUUGGCCCAAUUGUUCAGUGCGAAGUGUUCACUGAACAAGCCGUAUCAGGAGCAGGUUAUCCAGGAGUCUCGAGUAUGGACUUAGUGGAUAACGUCAUACCUUUUAUCAGCGGUGAGGAAGAGAAGCUGGAGGUGGAGGCACAAAAAAUACUUGGCAGUCUAAACGGUAGUGCCACUGAAAUUGAUGCGCAAACCGAUCUUCGUAUCGGAGCCACCUGUACUCGCGUCGGUGUAACUUAUGGACACAUCGCCUAUGUGUCUCUGAGAUUCAAGAACCAUCCAGGUCCGAGCGUCAGACAGGUAGAGCAAGCAAUGAUGGAGUAUCAGCCUGAGUUGCUAAAAUUCGGUGUCUCCUUUUCAGGGCCAGCAAUCAAAGUUUUCAUGGAAGAGGAUCGCCCUCAGCCAAGGUUGGACCGCAACAUAUCCAAUGGCUAUACCGUCAGCGUGGGAAGAAUUCGGGACGGUGGAAAAGAUGGCCAUUUUGAUCUCAGAUUCGCAGCUCUGUCGCAUAAUACCGUGAUAGGCGCCGCCGGAUCGUCCAUACUUAAUUCUGAGAUAGCUAUCAUUAAGGGUUUGAUCUAG